AUGAUAAAGAAUGGAGUUGUACAGGUAUUAAGAUUAAGAAACUUUAGUAUCUAUAAACAAUUAUUGUUGGAGGAAUCAUUGUAUCGACGCAAAGAUGCAGGCAAUUGGUUGAUCAUUAAUGAAGGGACACCCGACCCAAUGAUCAUCAUGGGUAUCAGCGGUCGACCCGAUAAACUAGUUCAUUUGGAAAAGGCAGCUUCAUUAAACAUACCAAUCAUCAAACGAUACACUGGUGGUGGUACAGUCAUUGUAGAUCAUAAUACUCUAUUCACUUCAUUCAUUAUGAAUAAUGAUUUUAUUCAACAAUCUAGUAAUAAUAAUCAUAAUAGUAAUAAUAGUAAUAAUAAUAAUAGUCAAAGUUAUUUAUAUCCAAAAGAUAUAAUGAAAUGGAGUGAAGGAUAUUACAAGAAUGUAUUUAUAGAUUAUAAUGAUUUCAGUCUACAAGAACACGAUUAUGCAUUUGGUAAUAGAAAGUUUGGUGGUAAUGCUCAAGCAUGUUCGAGAACACGGUUUGCACAUCAUACUUCAUUUCUAUUCGACUAUGAAACCGAUAGAAUGGCAACACUCAAACAACCAGAAAAGAUACCAACCUAUAGAGAAAAUAGAGAACACAAUAGCUUCCUGGUCAAAUUAAAGGAUCGUUAUGAUUCACACAACACCAUUUCACAAUUGAUCAUUGAUGCAAUGACCAAUCUACUUUUAUCCAAUAAUAAUAAUAAUAAUGAUACAGCAGCAGUAUUGGAUAAGGAUGAUUCACCAUCAAAGAUGAUGAUGAUGGUAGAUUGUACUUUACAAGAUGCAAUGCGAUAUUUAAAUACAAGUGAAGAUAAUAUUCCAUCUACAGUUUGGUUGGAACCUUUGGAUCUAUUAAAACAAUUGGAAUUGGAAAAGAAUAAAUAA